AACUUGCAGUCAGAAGGUGAGAAGUCUCUUCAGCGUGUGAGAAAAACUGUCUAUGAAGGAGUAAAGCGGACGACUGCGCGCGUACCGUGGACGAGAAGCUUGACGGGAAACGGCGCAGCUUCGGCGAAGGAAUGACGAGAGGCGCGGAGCGACCGCAGGAGAUCCAGACAUGAGUCCGAGGUGUUGGAUUGAAGACGAUGCUGGAUGCCAUGGAAGUACCAAGUCAUGCUAGGGAUCUCCUCCUGCAGCUCAACAGCCAGCGCACCAAAGGCUUCUUGUGCGACGUCAUUAUCGUGGUGCAAAAUGCCCUGUUCCGAGCUCACAAGAACAUUUUGGCUGCCAGCAGUCUCUACCUGAAGUCACUGGUGGUCCACGACAAUCUGAUCAACCUUGACCACGAGAUGGUGAGUCCAGGAGUCUUCCGGGUCAUUUUGGAUUACAUCUACACCGGUCGCCUGAAUGAGGGAGACCCCACUUCACCCAAUGAGCCAAAUCUUGAUGCCGUUUUCGCCGCUGCCAGCUACCUUCAGCUGAUUGACUUAGUGGCUGUGUGCAAAAAGAAGCUGAAAAGAAAUGGAAAGUACCCGCCACGCGCGGGCAACUCCUUUCUGCCUUUUUCCAAGAUCGGCCCGAAUCCGAUGGGUCUAGGCAGCGGCGGCAGAUUUCGAGUUUCUACCCCAGUCAUCCAGCCAUGUCCACCUGGAGGACUUAUGAAUAACCAUGCGCCCAGGCCUUCACCACUAGAGGACCUCAUUCCUCACCGGCUUGCCAUCCACGCUGGGGAACUCUAUGCUCCUACGUCCAACCAGGGCGCUCAGAUGUUCCCAUCCCUGCAGUCGACUCUACCUGCCCAACUUGGCCUGCGCCAGUCCUACACCGAGAGAAACUGCUCCCCCAACUAUGGCCUGGAUCUCUCAAAGAAAAGCCCCAACUCUCAGUCUCAACAUACACCCUCCCAGUCCCACUUGGCAACUGCUCACAAUGACGAUGAACAAGAUGGCCGGCUGAGUGGUCGCAACAGUCCCGUCCAGGGGACAAAUGGGAGGGGCUUCCAUGCGGAGAAGAUGGAUUCGACGGAUCACAGAGGACCACUCACUCCCCCACAAUUUCCUCAUCUAAACCAGCAGUUCGGCCCGCCCCACCAUCAUCGCUCAGGCUCGCAGGGAACCGAUCGCUUCCCCUGCCCCGCCAGCCCUGAAACCCCCACUGAAGGUGGGCAGACUGGCAACAUCUACCGCUGGGUGAAACACGAGCCUUUGUCAUACACCGCUGAAGAUGAAGAGGAUGACGAUGACGAAGAGGAAGGGGGUGCCAACAGAAAUCACCACAAGGAGGAGAGUGAAGGAGCAGAGGACAAGAGUGGAUCUGGCACCGAGGAGACUGGCAGCAGUGAAGGACGCCCGUCACCUUCAGGGCCAAUAGGAAGGUUUCACCUGCCCUAUGAGCCGGAGAGUUUUGGGGACAAUUUGUACGUCUGUAUUCCCUGUGACAAAGGCUUUCCGAGCUCUGAGCAGCUCAAUGCGCACGUGGAGACUCACACAGAAGAAGAGUUGUACGGAAACUCAGGCGCUGACAUAGGAAACGGCAAUAACAACAACAAAAACAUCACUAACAGCACAAACGGUUACGGGAGCUUGAACAACAGCAACAGUUUAAACAGUCUGUCCCACCUCGAGCCGAAAACCAACCAAAGUCUGAAUUCAAGUGGCAUGGGAGAGAUAAUACGGCCCUACCGCUGCUCCUCUUGUGAAAAAUCGUACAAGGAUCCGGCCACGUUGCGACAACACGAGAAGACCCACUGGCUGACGCGGCCAUACCCCUGCAGCAUCUGUGGCAAAAAGUUCACGCAGAGGGGCACGAUGACGCGACACAUGCGGAGCCACUUGGGGCUCAAGCCCUUCGCCUGCGAGUCGUGCGGCAUGCGCUUCACCCGUCAGUACCGCCUCACUGAGCACAUGCGCAUCCACUCGGGAGAAAAGCCCUAUGAAUGUCAAGUAUGCGGGGGAAAGUUUGCUCAGCAACGCAACCUUAUCAGCCACAUGAAGAUGCACACCAACGGCGGGACAGCGGGAGGCCUGAGCGCAGACGGGAAGCUCAAGCUUGACUAUCCGGAGGGUAUUUAUCCUCUGAGCAAGUACACGGCGGAGCAUCUGGGGCUGAAGCAGGAGAAUACAAAUGAACUUCUCAUCCAAGCACAGCAGCAACUGGCGGAUGCAAAGGUCAUGGAAAGCCUUUACCCCCUAUCCAAACUGGCCUCUGAGCACCUUGGCCUCAACCAUGACAAGAUGGAUGUCCUUGGCCAACCCCUGCCCCCGCCCCCCCAGGCUGUGUCCGACGGCCGCACCAUUGACCGUUUCUCCCCCAGCUAAGACCUCCAGACCUCUGUAAAUAGCCACCACCAAUAGGUGGGUGAACACACACGCUCUCACACAAGAAACAUGCAGUAUUGUAAAGCCAUUCACCUCAACUCACCCUCUCCUCAGACGGAGGCCAGGGAACUGGUCUGCAAAUGCACACACACACAAAAAAAGUUUCCUAGUGCCUUGUCUAUGCAGUUCAUGACCCUUCAUAAAGGAGCACUGUGCUACGACGUGACCGAGAGACACUUACUAUUUAUGUUUUAUAUGCAAAUAACCAUUUCAUGAAUAACAACCAUUGAGCCAAAGCUAAACAAUUCUGAAUCAAAAUUUGUUUUAUUUAUUUUUGUAUGAUACUGCGAUCCAAUAAGAGACUGUCGCAACUUGUAAACAGACCCGAAACCUGUCUUCUUUUGACAUCGACAGCUUUAUACACGCAAUGAACACAAGAAUACAAUUCACGUUUUUUUGUCCAGAGCAGGGAAGUCACUGCCAAACUCUUCUGGACUUUAAAAUACGGGGAGGUUUGUUUAUGUAUGAGGUUCUGGACAGUUGAUGCGCCUAACUCUUCAGCUUCUUCUCAUCGUGUGCCUGAUUUACACGGAGUGACUGAAUGAUUCCAACAUUUGCCUUAACGUUUUGGUAAACUUUCCUCUGUUUUAUAUUUUCCAUAUUUUUUGGAAGCCAUGUGACAGUAAUGGUCGCUGCCUCAGCGUUGCCCUCCAAACUUGAGGGUAACGCUGAAUUUGACUGAGUGAAAUUUGACUGAGCAACGUCUUACUUUUGAGGAACAGGCGAGCGCUGAUGUGUGAUCUCACAUCUGGGACGCGGUUACUCAUACUGGACCGAUGAUAGAGAGUUCAAGAUACGUGUGACUUCAUCACAUGGUGAGGACAAAUCAUUGCCUAAGCUCACCAAGUGAAACAGAAAUCUGUUAGGAACGGCCCGAUCUGAUGAGUUAUCCUUGUGACAACAGUCAGAUGCCACUGUAGACCUCUGCUCCCUCACAUUUGACCCCGCUCCCCUGCAAGUCUGGCAACUCUUCUACUGUUGACAUGCCAAAGCCAGCGCAGCCUUCCUCUAAAAACACCUCUGAACGGUACAUAUCUCUCGUCUCUUCCAGUUCUACUAUACACUGUGUGAUUUUCAGUGACCCAAGAGGACGUUUAUUGUUGCUGUCUAUGCACCGCAAAACCAAAGAUACUUGUUUCACCAUUUUAUCUCGCACAUAUUGCACUUAAAUAUCUGAUCAUAAUGAUUUUAGCCUUGAAUUCAUGGUGCUUUCACGCCACAGCUUUGAAGUGUUACAAACCCCACGUAAAUGAGGCGUCAAAUUCCGAUCCUAAAAUCACACAGUGUGUCAUGAGCUUCGAACACAUUUAUCUGCCUGUGUUAUCGAUGCUAAAAGAAGUUGUCGCUGGGAGCAGGCGAACAGCGCCGGCCAGCUGCGCCUCAGUAAUCCCUGUAAAAUCUCACUUACUCCUGGACAAUUCGCACUGCUCACUGGCCGCGUGUCGCAUUUCAUGCCUGCCAUCUUGUCCGCUUAUUAGCAGCCCAUCUGAGCCCCGGCAAACUUCCUCUCACGUAUUGAAAUAAGAAAUGACAGAUUGCUGCGUCGGCUGACCACGAGACAAACGCCAAAAAAAAAAACAAAAAAAAAAAACUUGGGGUUGAAUGCACAUUGUCAUGAAAUGUUUCUUCCAAAGAAAAUGUUACUUUGUUCUCUUGUUUUUGCUUUUUAACUUCAGAUGAAACAUGUCUUACCACUAGUGCCAACGCCAACCUCAUACGGUGAAUGUGAAGAGAAAAGCCAUAAAUACACUGUGAUAGAGUGAAACUAAGAAGAGGAGAAAAUCUUCCAAAUGUUUUUUUUUGUUUUGUUACAAUCAUUAUAAUAAUAAGGGCUUUGAUUCUCGACUAUAUGUUUUAUAGUCUUCAAUUGACUUUUAAAGGAAAGCAGCACAGAUUUAACUGGUGCUUACCUCAGGACUAAACCCAGCGUGGGGAUGCUAUGCUUAAGUACACACACACACACACACACACACACGCCUUGUGAAUUAAACCUGUGGUUACUCUGUUUAUACACUUCUUGCUACUUGAGCAAGAGAUAUGACAUUUAAUAUUUUUACUUUUUUUUUUUUUUUUCCUUAUGCGGUAUACUUGUCUUGUCCUCAAAGAGGCUUGUGUUGGUCUGACCACUUCUAUUCUUGUAACAUAAGGCUUCAGAGGUUGUUUUAAUAUUGUCUUGAAUGUCUACUUGUGAAUUUAUAUCCACCACUAUGUCGGCAUUACUAUUUGGUUUUUAUCACAUCGAGGGCUUGACCACACUUUUUCAUUUGGUAUAUCUUUUACGCCCACAAAUCUGAUGUUUUUGAAAUUGAAACGUAUGUUUGCCUGAGACAAAUUGAUUUUAUUGCUUUUUAUCUGCCUCAAGCUCUUGAAGUAAGGAUUUUUUGGGAAGAAUUUGUGCCAUGUUUGAGUAUAAUUAAAUUCACCCGUCAGACAUGACCUUAGAUCAGUGGUUUAUUUCUCAAAAAUGAGUAAAUAAAAAAAGGAUUUACUUGCAUUUCAUCACUAUGGGACGAAUAAGGGGCAUAUAAACUAAUUUCUUCUGCCCCACAAAAUGCUGAUAACAUUUUAUAUUCUUCAUUCAAUCUUCAAUAAAUAAACAUAACAACCAGACAUUUUUUGUUGUCCAUAGUAGUCGCAUUUCAACACUCGUCUUUAGAGUGCUCACGUAUCACCACACAAAAUAAGAAGUUUUCAGUCUUCCAAAGUGUCAAGUCAAAUUUAUUAAACAAAAGCACAUGAGCAUUUAAGCAGGCUGUUCAUGAUGGUGCGUUCAUGGCUGUCAAAUUUUUAUUAAAAUAUUUAAAAUGAGUUGGUGUGAAUUUCAAUAAAAACAUCGUAGUGUUCAGCUGAGAAUGAUUUCCUUUGACUUUAUUUUGGGGUUGUGACUCAGAGCUUUAAACAGUUGAUGAUUAGUCAUGGUUUGUUUGUGACAUUAAAACAAGCAGUCGUGGGAAUUUCAUAGACUCCAUUCACUAGUUCUAAUGAAAAUCUGGCUCGCAACAUGAAACUGUUUCCACUCUGAAUCAGAGCAGGAUAGAAGCCGUGAGACGUGGAGCCCAGCUCGGUUGCAUCAACACCAGACAGGAGGAGGAAGCUGCCGCGUGUUUGUGCGUCCCUGGGCCUUUUAGGCUCGUGAAGGUCCGCAGACGACGUUCUGGGAAUAGCGUCGGUGUGAGGGAGAAGCGCUGAGGAGCAGGAAGUGAACUUUUGGUGUUGAGCUAAGCAGGAUGUGCCGCGUGUUUCUGCUCAAACCCAGAUAGAGGGACGGUGAAUUAGGGCGGGAGAGGAGCAGGGAGAGCGCAGCAGGGUGGGCUCCAGCCAUUGUCUCAGUAUGAAAGCCUCUCCGCACUUCUGAAACUCUCCAUUCACAAAACGACUUUUCUCUUUCCUUCCUUCUCUGCAGAAUCCUGAUACUUCACUGUAAUGUCUAAACAUGUUAUAUGGACAGAAAUAAUAAUGAAAAAAUUAGCUACAAUGAUCCAUGACAAAUAAACCAUUUUUAUUACAUGUUUUUAGGACAUUUUGUGACAUGUUAGAGUUAAAAAUAUUAUGGAUUAAAUCCAAUAAAGGAAAGAAUAAAAUGAGAAAAAUAUUGACUAACAUGAACUGCGAUUAUGACCGGCUAUUAAAUAUCAUUAGCUCAGUGGAUAGUUCAGCAAAAAACACCUAGUGCCAACAACUUUCUGAAGAACAUUUUUUUUUCUGUUCGUUCUACUUCCAAAAAUCCAUGUAUUACAUAAUACCAUCAAAGUACGUGACUGAAUGAGAUCCAGCAGCAGCUCAUAGACCAAACAAGAUAUCAGUGUCAGGUUUGAAAAAAAUGUGAAAUGUGGGCUUGCAGGACCCAGUGUGUACAGCUGGAGACAAAACUUUUACAUCAUCUGAACUAUAUAUUUGUAUGACGUAUCGUAUGUGAUGUAUCGGCUUUGCCAAGCAUUUAUCAGUCGAUCUGUAAACAAAAUAUCUUGAGAAACUAUGACCAGAUUUUGAUGAAAACUUUUGGUUUCCAUUGUGGGAAAGAGUUCCAGCAAGCCACUGUCUCAUCGAGUGUAUUUGAAUUGAACUAUUGAUGACUGUAAUUGAUGUUUUAAAGUUAUCAAAUGAUGUCUCUCUCCUUCCAAACCUAUUAAACAUCGCGGGAGCAAAAACUGAUAAAUCGCUCCUGGAAAAAAAAGGCUAACUCAAACCAGAACCUGAAAAUGUCUUCACAACAAGCCCGUCAUAAUGUCUUAAAUCUACUUUCUUAAAGCAAAUUCAGUCACAGAAACUAUUAAAAGCAGACAAUGAAGAGCUAAAUUGACGUAUGCUGCUUCAUUUAAUCGAUGUUUUUCACUGAUCUAUCAUGCAAAAUGGAGAUCAACGCUGCAUGUUACUCUGCGCUCUGUUGAUACAGGGGACUCCACACUCUUGAGCGGUUAGUGUAGUUGUCGUACAAAGCUGUGCACCUGUCUACAACAGAGUACAAGCAAAAGCGAUGACACAGUCAAGAGCGCUUUUUUUUAAACAGCUGGUUUGAAUAUAUUUCCUUGAACGGCUCUUUUCUGGAAAACCCAUUGUAUUGCGAUUCUUUAUGACUCCUCUGAUCCCUGAGAAGUCUGACAAUUGCUUUUCCUUUGGCACUUUGCUCCUUUUCAUUUUCCCCUCUUGUCUUUCUCACCACCGUCGUCCUGCGCUUGGCUGGUUCAGAAACGCUGUUCCCUCGCCGCUCACGGCUCUGUCCCUUCUCUCUUACACUCUUCACGCUGACCCUUAGCGCCCCUCCUCUCCCCUGAUCCACUUACCUCCAGCUGUUUUUCAUGCUGAAGAAGACAGUUAUCUAAAUGUUUACGUGCACAGCUACUCUCCCUUUCACUAAACCGCGAUCAAUUUCCAGAGAGAGCCUCGGUGCCAUGUGUCAGAAUGCAGCAGAGUCUGACGUCGUCGUUGCGCACGGGCCGUGGAGCCAAGAAAGUGCUUGAAAAGGGAGAUUAAAGGGAGCAUAUUGUGGUGGAGGAAAUGUGAAAUAAUGCGAGGGGAAAUCUUUGGGGGGGGGGGAGGGAUAUGCUCCAAAAGAUGCCAGUAAAGUAAACAAGUAUGAAAUUGCACAAUUGAAGUGGGCCCCGACUGCAGAGGCCAAGUCAUGCGCUGGGAUGGAAGUAAGGAGAAGCAGAGGGAGAAACAGCUUGUGUUUGACUGUUGGAACCUUCAGUAAAUAAGAAAAAAAUCUUGACUUUUGUAAUUGGGACCAAGUCUGUUGUGGAGGACCAGCUCACCGGCCACGUUUACAGCAGCAUGAAUGCAAACUCUAAAUAAGAAUUCACUCGGAUUGCAUUGUUUACACGCAUUAGUCAUGAGGUUAUUACGCAGUUUACGUCUGACAGGGACUUAUAUUUACUCAGGAUCACUCACAGCACAGAGAGCGACUACUGUCUGCUCUUCACCUCAUGACAGGGAUCUUUUUUUGGAGCGAUUUCACGUGCACCAGGCUUUAAAAUUCUCAUGAGGAUUUUUUUUUGUUUUUGAUUUUCUAUUUCGAUGUGUGUUUUUUUCUAUUGUAGACAACACCUAAAGUAUUUAGGAAUUUUUAAAACUAUUUUUUUUUAAACUUUAUUUGCGACUACAAUAGAUUUUGCCUAGGAAGUCAGUAACCGUCCAAAAACAAAAUAAACUGAAUUAAAAAACAAUUCCUGGCCACAACCCUGAAAUAAUCAUCUUUGAAAAAUGCAGCAGCUUAUUAUAUUCAUAUUUCUCUUCUUCUUGUCUUGUUGAUUUUCCUUCCCACUUUGGAAAAACACAUGAAUGCACCAUCAGGAAGUAGCCUCUUAGCAUCACCAGCUUGUUUUGAACAACAAAAGCAUUACAUUUUGAGAGUUUACCUGAACAACUGACCAUCUUGGUUCCUCAUCCUCAUGUUAGUAAACAUCACCUGAAAGUUUGAAAACAUGAACCGUCAACACAAAUUCAGUUCACUGUCACAUGACAGAAAUCACAUGGUGGAUUAUCAGAAAGUUACUGUGAAGCUUUAAAAGUUUUAAACAAAUGCCUUGUUUCACCAAAGCUCCUGUGCCAAAAAAAAGCAAUUCAGCAGACCAAACAGUAUUUCCAAAGUUCCUGCGCCUCGAUGCCAACAUUGAGCUUUGGGGACCCGAAUGUAUUUAUUGCAUGUCAAAAUGUCUCAUAGUUAUUUUGUGUACAUUUUCUAUGUGGGUUUUUGAUAAUGUCAUUGAUUUAUAAUGCUUUUAUAUUUCUUUCUUGAACGCCAAUGUGAAAAAUGUCUGUUUGUUCUUAUAAUCAAACUUGGCAA